AUGAGUAUUUUCAAUUGUGUUUAUUGUGGCACUUUUGGUAUUUCAGUCGGUUUGUUUGCGGUUCAAUUUAUUUAUCGAUUUUUGGUUUUAUCCGGGUAACUUUUAGUCUUUUUUUAAUUUUCAGCAAAAUCGUUAUUUUUUUCAGAAAUCCGUUGCUAAAAACAUUCAAUUCUUGGAAAAUAGUCCUAUGGUUGUCAAUCUUAAUUUUUCUCGGACUUCUUUGGGGAGCUAUACCGUGGUUUUUCGGUAAAAUGACUGAUAAAAAAUCGGAAUAUAUUCGAUAUUAUUUGUUAAAAACAAUGGAUGUUAAUGUUGACGAGAUCGUCUACAAUGGUCCAUAUUUUUAUGCACAAAAAGCGGAUGGAACCUUUGAUAUUGAUAUGGAAUCAUUGAUAGCCAUAGUUGUCAUGUAUGGGUUUUUGGUGAGUCUAAAAGUUACACUGGCUAAAAAUCUGAAUAAAUCACUUCUAGACUUUAUCCUCUUCCAUAAUUAUUUACUACGGUACAAAAUGUUAUCGAAUAAUAAGUCGAGACAUGAACUUAUCUUCACAUUCUGAGAAAUAUAAAAAACUUCAAGCCCAAUUAUUUUAUGCUCUCGUAACUCAAGCAGCAAUUCCCUUGAUUCUUCUUGAUAUUCCAGUUUUAAUUGUUUUCGUGUUCUUAUUUUUGAAUCGUGAUAUUGGAAUGCUCAGUGGAAUAGUUACCAUAACAAUUGCACUUUACCCGGCAAUUGAUCCACUUCCAAAUAUUCUCAUCAUCAAAAAUUAUCGAAAAGCUGCAAAAUGUGCGGUGAAAAAAACUUUGUUUUUUUUAAAUGAAAGUCUCUCAAUAUUUUUUUUCAGUUUACAUUCGACAACUAUUUUGCAUGA